AGCAUGUGUUGAGUUGGAUUACUGUGGCUGACUUAUGUGACGUCGGGUGCUAUUUGAAUCUAGUUCUUUUCUUUCGUAUGACAGAUCUCUCCUACAAAUUCAUGGUGACGUGAACAGAACAGUUGAAGAACUUUUUCGUAAUAAAAAAAAAGGACCGCAAUGAAAGUGAUCAAAUUUUUACUACUUUGCGUGUUAGUUGCCGUCUCGUAUGCUAAUCCUGCAGUCGAUACCAGUGCUCCAAUCAAUCAUGUGGUACCUACCGUCGCUAGUAAAACCACUCUCGAGGAUUCGUUUAUAAAACGUCUAGGAGCCAAAUGUACCCAGAAGGAUAACAGUUCAUGUGUGAUGCUGAAGUUGGUAACCUACAUGAAUCGAAUCCUGAAGAGGUCCAGCAUAAGCCUGGGGGAAAACGUUGAACUGCUGCAGACGAGAACUGACACCGACCAGUCCGAGGAUUCGGAAGAGUUAUCGGUGCUGAGCCGAUCCAGCAGUUCGGAUGACCACAAACUGAGCGUUAUCGUGGCUAACAAGAUUUGGCGGUUUAUCCAAAGUCGCAGUGUGAAGUGGAAAGCCUUCCGGUCGGCUGACGUCGUGGUGGCAUCCGAUGAGGGUGGCAAACUGAACUUCGGUGUCUCGCUCGAUACCAAAAAGCUGAUGGAGGAAGGUCGGGGCAAGAUGAAACACUACCUUCCCGUUCUGAUGGCGUUCUUCAUGAAAAGUGGUCUGAUGGGAGCAUUUGUCCUGAAGGGAGUAGCUCUACUAGUCGGUAAGGCUCUGCUGGUCAGCAAGUUGGCUUUACUACUUGCCAGUGUUAUUGGAAUCAAGAAACUGCUGCAAAAGAAACAUGUAACAUAUGAGGUGGUUGCACAUCCCCCGGAGCCUCAGCAUCAUUUGGAUACGUACAGCUCGGGUUGGGCUAGAACUUUCGACGGUUUCAUAGAUUCGUUUACCAAAGGAUUGGAAAGUAACUUACAGAAGGAUGCCAACGAAAUGGCUUAUGCUGGGCACAUACCUCAUCAGUGACGAUGGUUGUAAGAUGAACCCUACCCGAAUGCCUCACUACCUUACUUCCUUCGUCAGUGGACGAGUUCACUCUUACAGUACCUGAAAUUUUCCUCUGCAUCUAUCCUGUGAU